AUGUCUUUGAGCCAAACCGAACCCCCACGGACCAGCCUCCGGCUGGCCUCCGGGAACGGCCCCAUCACCCGGUCUGUCCUCCGCAGCCCACUCCGUGACGCCCAACCCGCUGAGAUCCCCGUCAUCGACGUGGCAGACGCCUUCAGCUCGUCCUUGGAGAAACGCAAGGCUGUGGCCGCCCAGAUCCGUGACGCGGCCACGACGUCGGGCUUCUUCUACAUUGCCAACCACGGCAUCCCUACCAAUGUCACCGAUGGCGCCUACCAGGCCUGCCUCGACUUCUUCCGCCAGGACGCCGACGUCAAGAUGGACGCCUGGGAGCGCAAGAGCCGGUACUUCAACGGGUACAAGCCCCCCGGCUCGCAGCGCAUCAACAAGUCGGAGAGCAUCGACUGCCGCGAGACCUUUAGCUGGACGUACGACCCUCGCUACGACCCCAAUGUCGAAGACGUCGACGCCAUCCCCGAGGCCGCGAGACGAUUCCUCCGCAUGGAGGACUUUCACUGGGACGCCACAGCCAACAAGCCGCACUUUAAGGAGGCCAUUGUGCAGUACUGGCGAUCAUGCCUCGCCCUCGCGCGUGUGCUCAUACGGUCCUUUGCGUUGUCUCUCGACUUGCCCGAGGCCUACUUUGAUUCCAAAUUCGCGUACCCCGACGCGGCCCUCGCUCUCAACUACUACCCGCCUCUUCCUGCGCCGCUAGAGAGUGGCAAAGACGACGCCCAGACACACGUGUCCAUCGGCUCGCACACCGACUUUCAGCUCUUCACCAUGCUCUGGCAGGACGACGUGGGCGGCCUGCAGGUCCUCAGCCGCGAGGGCCAGUGGCUCCGCGCCGUGCCCAUCCCAGGCACGUUUGUGGUCAACAUGGCCGACUACAUGCAGCGCAUCACCAACGACCGGUACGUGAGCACGGUGCACCGGGCGCAGAACUGGAGUGCGCGGGAGCGUGUCAGCAUGCCCUUCUUCUUCGGCUUUGGGCUCCACGAGAGCUGUGCGGUCGUGGAGAGCUGUGUUGGGGAGGGCGAGAGGCCCCGGUACGAGGAGAUGGGGUGCGACGACUGGGUGAAGAGGCGCGCGCGCGCUAUGCACAAGGUUGGCUCGGAUGACGAGGAUGAUGGGUAG